AUGGCUGGUUCUGACUUCUUAGAUACUCUCUCUGAUGCGUAUCGGUUCGAGAAAAGAGUCGAUUCCCGCAAGGUUCUUGUAGCGAAUGUCUACGUUGGCUUGACCUCUUUGUUGAAGGGAACCAAGCCGAACUUAUCAUUGCUUCUGGAUCAAUUGUUCAGCUUAAAAGCCAGCGCUGGGGUGGGCACUCCCACGACGAAGAGGGAGCCCACGUUACUUUCAGAUCUAAUCUGCAGCUCAGAUUUAUUAGCCCGUCUGGAGAGGUACUUGAUUGCGCACCCGCAAAAACGGGGUCAAGAUCUAGUAUCCAGCUUGCAUUCGUAUCGGAAUGAGUCCAAAGCAUUCCACCACAGGUAUCAAAAGCAAAGGAAGAAGACGGACAAAGGCAAAGGCCGUGUUCCAGAUCUUCCUGCUGUCGAGGACAUGCAUGUCCACAGGAUGUCCCUUGUGACACAGGUGCAAGAUCUCUUCCCUGAUCUGGGCUCAGGGUAUAUCGUAAGAUUGCUCGAUCACUACGGCGACAAUCCGGAGACGGUCGUCGCACACCUUCUCGAUGACUCUCUACCACCUGAACUUCAAGAACUGGAUCAAUCCGAGCAACUUCCCGUCUCGCAAACGACCUCCUGCCACGACCCUCUCCCCCCACGCCCAACUCCUCCAGAGAUUCCAUCUCCGCCCGCACCAGCCCCAGCUCGCAAGAACAUCUUCGACAACGACGUCGAUCUCGCAGAACUAGCCCGCUCAGCCGAUCAAUUAAGCCAAGGCAAACUGCGCUUCGGUCGCGGAGAUCCAGAUCUCACCGCAGACGCCAUCCUAGCCGACCGCAGCCACCACGCCGUCAACAAAGCAGCUAUCAUGUCCGCACUGGCAACUUUCGACUCUGACGACGACGAACGCGACGACACAUACGACGUCGCCGACGUAGGCGGCACAGUCGACGGCCUAACUGCAGCCACAGACGCCGAAGCAGACUCCGACAUCCGCAACCGCAAAGCCGAGGACGUCGACAUGACCCUCUUCCAAGCCUACAAGUCCAACCCGGCUCUUUUCGCCCGUGAUUCUGCCACGCGCCGCUCACAACCUCGCGCAUCGCUCAAGCGCGAAACCGGCAUGACCGAUGAGGCCAUUGAGGGCUGGGGCGUGAUGUUGACCCGAGAUUCGAAGCGGUUGGCCAGGCUGGAAGAUCGAUUCGCGAUGUCGGCUGGUGGUCCUGGCGGCGCCUUGGCGCAACCUGAACUGCCGUCGACGACGUACAGGAGGCCUGGACCUAGGGAAGAUGAUGAAUCGGAUAGUGACACCUAUCAGCCCAGUUCUGCUUCUGGCGGCAGAGGAGGUGCCGGACGGGGACGUGGUCGCGGUGGUCGAAGAGGUGGUGGUGGUGGCAGGGCUCGCAGAGGAGGGACUAAUACCGGAGCUUCUGGAGAGCAGAACACCGCUGCGGCUCGACAAAGGAAGGAAGAAAACAAGGCUAGCAGGACGAAUCACAAUAGACGCCAACAGAGAGCCAGAAAGAUUGCCCGGGGUGGUGGCAUGCCAGGUUGA